UAACGCCGUCUUUUAUGCAGGCCAUCGCUACCCGAGCCUGAGGUACGGAUGGCAAAAAAGCAAAACGCACUAGAUGAAUGAUUAUCGAGUAAAGCAGGAGAGAGAAGAACUGUGAUGGAGAGGAUUUAGGGGGAGAGAGAGAGAAAGUUAGAUUCAGGGUUUUAGAGAGAGAAAGCCGUAGAGAUAGAAAUACAAAGACGAAACCCGAAAAGGAUGGGCCAGAUCGUGAGGCGGGGGAAGAAAGGCCGUCCAUCGAAGUCGGAUCUCGCAGCGCGCAACAACGCUGCUGUGGGUGAGGCGGAGGGAGAACUCCGGCGUAGUGGCCGCCGGAGAAAUGUCCGGUACACUUUCGACUUCGACGAUUUCCUCGACGACGAUUACUUUGACGACGACGAUGAGGACGAUAGCAGGAAAGAGAAGAAGCUUGAGCAACUGCUCCAGCUCCAGGGUGAGGAUAACGACGGCGAGGACGAUGUCUCUCCAAGGAGAACUCGGAACCUGUCUCACGCUCCAGCCGCGUCUGCAUCCGAUGGAGAUGCAGAUGGUAAACCAUCUAAAAAAAGAAAAAUAUUCGGCUACGAUGAGGAAUACGAAGUAAAUGAUGAGGAUGAUGAUGAGGAUGAUGAAGAAAAUGAAAAUGACUACGAGGUACGUGAUAGAAAGGCAGAGUGUAGAAGUGUUGAAUCUUCUCCAGGAACACCAUCCAGACGUACUUUUGGGAUUUCAUUACCAGAUAAGAAGAUGCUUGAGUUAAUUCUGGACAAGCUUCAAAAGAAAGAUAUUUAUGGGGUAUAUGCUGAACCAGUGGACCCCGAAGAGCUUCCAGAUUAUCAUGAUGUGAUUGAACAUCCUAUGGACUUUUCCACUGUCAGGAACAAACUGGGAAAUGGAUCAUAUGCAACAUUGGAACAAUUUGAGAGUGAUGUCUUUUUGAUUUGUUCAAAUGCGAUGCAAUACAAUGCCUCCGACACAAUAUAUUAUAAACAGGCUUCCUCAAUCCAAGAACUAGCCACAAAGAAAUUUCAGAAGUUACGAGUCAAUGCUGAACGUGCAGUGCGUUCAGAAAAAGAGGUCAAGUCGGACCAGAUGCUGAAACCCAAUCCCAUUGUAAAAAAGCUUGUAAAGAAGCAUAUGGUCCAAACAGCACAGGAACCUAUUGGCUCUGAUUUCUCAUCUGGUGCAACUCUUGCACAUGCUGGAGAUGUGCAAAAUGGUUCAAGUGCUUGUCUGGGCAACUCGGGCAGAAUUAGCAUCAUUGACGGGCCUAUAGAGGGAGGUGUUUCGUUGACUGACAUCUUGGACAAGGAAGAAUUACAUUCAGGGAAGGGUCAUCUUGGUAGAUUUGGACGGAAGUCAGUUCUACAAGAUGAAAAUCGUCGUGCAACUUAUGACAUAUCAACUCAAUGUACUUCAAGUUCAGAAUCUGUGUUUUGCACUUUUGAUGCAGAAAGCAAGCAUUUGGUUCCAGUGGGGCUUUAUGCUGAUCAUUCAUAUGCAAGGAGCCUUGCUUGUUUUGCUGCAACACUCGGGCCGAUUGCUUGGGAAUAUGCAUCUAGGAGGAUUGAACAAGCACUCCCUCCUGGAUCAAAGUUUGGUCGCGGGUGGGUUGGUGAGUAUGAACCACUUCCAACCCCGGUAUUGAUGAUGAACCAUACACUGAAGGAACCAUCUUUUCUGGCCAAAUUGACACAGAAAGUUGAGGUUGAGGAAGAUAAUAUCGAAGGACUCAAGGAAAAAGAUGAAGUGAAUCAGCAGGAUUAUGUUGGUUCAAAACCCACGACUCCAAACAAUAUUGAAAGCAAACCAUCUUUCCUUGCAUCAUCAGAAAAGAAACCUCCUAAUUCUGCUAGUCCCCUAUACCACCCUCAAUGUUUUCAAUCCCAAAGUUUUGUUGAAUCCAAUAAGCUGAUGAGACAGUUCGAAUUAAAUUCUCAACCUCUACCCUGCAAACAAACUAGUGUUGAACAGAUUAAGGUGGCUCCAAAGAACAGAAAUCUAAUGUCUCCUUCUGCACCUUCCCAACUGCCUAAUAGAAAAGGUAAAGAUAAUAGCAGUCAGAGCAAUGAGACUGUUUGCCCCGCAUCUGGCGGCGAGCGGGGGCUAAGUGAUGCUGUCCAGCUUCCAAGUAUGUUAUCCAAGAAGUCUAAAACAAAAGGUAACUCUUUGCAGCAGUCUCCGGGAGCUGAUUCAAACAAUGCUGCCUCCGCCGCUGCUGCACGAGCAUGGAUGUCAAUAGGAGCUUCGGGUGGUUUUAAACAAGUCAAUGAUGGUCAGAUAUCUGCUGAGUCCUUGUAUAAUCCAUCUCGUGAUUUCCAGCCACAUAAUUUACAAUUUUGUCCCUCAUCUGGUGGGAUGCAUUCCCAGCCUGUGAAGGGGGGCUAUCCGUUUCAUGCCUUUAUGUCACACACAACAAGGGGGGCAGGGAUUGAUGGUCAGGUCCCGAACAGACCACAGGUGAUGUUCCCACAAUUCGUGGCACCUGCUGACUUGUCAAGAUUCCAUGUAGCUUCACGACAGAAUCUCAAUGCACCACCUACAGCUCUGUCAAGAUCAAGACAAGUAUCAGUCCCUCCUCCCGACUUGAACAUUAGUUUCCAAUCUUCAGGGUCUCCUGGCAAAGCAUCUUCGGGCAUUCUGCUUGAUUCUCAGCAGCCAGAUUUAGCCUUGCAGCUGUGAGAAGUUUUCAAGAUGAACCCUUGGUGACAUUCACUGGACUUCCUUCACGGUCCUUUGUGCAACAGGAUUCUUGUUAUUGUGCAAAAGUAUUCAUUUUAGUCUGAGGUUCGAAUAGAUUAUGGUGAUAGGAUUGUGCAGCUUUUGUAAAGGGCCUCAGGGGGGUAGGCGGGUUGUAAUACUAUUCUAGUAUCUGGGUUAGAGGUUAUUUAUGUAGGCCACUCCCAAAUGGAAAUCAGCAUUCUUGUAAAACCGUUCACAGGAAGAUUGCUAUCAUUGUUCUUGUGCAAUUGUUGUAUGGUCUAGGUAGGCGGGCAGAUUUUGUAGUAAAUAAUAAAGGAAAAGGGCCCAAAUGAGUGUUUUUCAAACCUGUCAAGUGACACCCAAGUUCAUAUAAUUAAGGUGUGUCAAAUGAAUAUGUCUACACUUAAAAAGUUAUCAUUUUGGC